AUUCAACGCCGGGAUCUGCCAGCGCGAACCGGGACGGGCGGAUGUGCUCAUCCAUUUCGUCCAAGCUGCGAUUUCUGGCUAGCAGGAGCGCGCUACGGACUCCUGUGGUCCUGCAGCACGACCGAGUCCCUGAUCCUCGCAACAAAUGGCACCAAAGCUAUCUGCACAAGCGCGACGCCUCAGGACGAUCAUAGUCACCGUGCCCAUCAUGGCAGCCACGUCUUUCGUCCUUUACAAACGCCUCGUCCUCGGCGAGCCGCAACGCACGCUCCCACGAACGGAGACAGUCUAUUCGCCAAGGGGCGAUGGCGACGUUGAAGACAGGCGCAUCGUCCCUCUCAGGAAAAUAACGGUCAACUUGAGUUUAGGCGCGGGCAGCACAGACGGCGGGGAUGAGGAAGCACUAAUAAAAGUUGGCUCAGACGGGAGUAGCGACGGACCGACCGCGGAGCACUGACAGGCAUGUUGGCAUUGGAAGGAGAGCAACGUCCUACCUCGCCGCCUCGCGCUUCUA